AUGGACCGCGGCUCGGCGGUCGCCCCGGCGGCCGGGCGCCAAGUCCUCGGCGGCUCGGGCCGCCCGGCUGAGCCGCCGGAUGCGGCCCUCCCGGCGGCCUUGAGCCCGCCGGCUGGGCGCCCGCGACCAUCGGCGGCUUCCCCCGCAGCCAGGCCGGUCUUUCGGCGGCUGGGCCGCGGGUCGGCGGCGCUUCCGCGGCUGAGCCGCCGGGAUGGGCCGCGGGCUCGGUGCUGGCUCCGUGUGGCUGAGCCACCGGGGCAGGCAAAGGACCGCUCCUUGCUCAGGCCGUUCGGCAACUCGCUCUUCCGAGAGGCUUCGGGUCUUACAACUAGGACUCCAAGGAGGAGGCCUGUGACUGAUCCUACUUCUUCUACUCCGGUUGGGGUUCUUGCGUCGAGGCCGGGCCUUAAGCCGAUUCCGGCAGCCUUCUAA